AUGAGCUUCUUACAUAGUUCUUUAGUCUCAUUUGGCGUAAUCACAUUCUUUCUACCAGCGAUAUUGACCUUUUUAGAGGAGACUGAUAUCAUCAGCCCUCUGUUGCAAGAGAGUCAAUCUCUUGUCCUGACCACUCAUCAUGAUGCAAGAUCUGGCACUCACCUACCUGCAAAAGGGGUUAAACUCGCUGGCUUGCGGAUCAACCCUCCACUCCCAAAAAAGUCUCUCAAGGUACUACAUAAAGGUUUUGAUAAGAUUUGGAAGGAUCGUGAAGGGCCAGAUCCUCAAAUAUCGUCUGCCGCAAGCUGGUCCAAGUAUCACGAAGUAGCUGAUAAAGUGGCAAACCAAGAGGAUCAGCUUUGGGCAAUUUCAGAAUUAGCAAAACAAGUUCGCGAUUUGGGCCCCAAGUUUACAGACAAAGUCUUGGAUACGAGGGAAAUCAAGCAACAAGUCAUCCCUCCCAUUCAGAAUGCUUAUGUCGCCCUUCACAGUGAUUAUCUGGGGAAUAGAGAAAGACUUUGGGCUGCAGGUGUCCUUGCAUGCCUCUUAUCCAAGACCAAAAACCGAGAGAAAGAUUACUCAAAGAAGCUGAGAGGCAUUGAUACUUUGAGGGGAGAGCGUGAAGCCUUUUUUCUAAAAGACCUACCUGUGGCCAAAGUCGUUGAAAAGAUGUGGUUUGAUCCGGAUUGGAAUACCGACAAUUUCAUCCAUAUUCUUGAGGCCUUAAGUAGAGCUUCAGUGGUAGCCUCGAUUGAAAGAGAGAUGCCAAAGAUCUAUCAACCCCCCUUCGAUGCUUUCCAGUCUAUCUUUGGCACCUUUAUCCAGUUAGAUGUUCCCAUGCAUACUGACCAGGCCCUAGAAUUCAUGGAACUUAUAUCGAGAUACAUUUCAUGGCACAUUGGUCACUCAGGUGGUGAACCAAAGCCUCCUGAUCAAAAAGAGAAAAACGUGAUCCGAAUGUUAUUUCAUAUGGUCAAAUACAAUGGUGAACAGGGUCAAAAGAAAUUCAAUGACUUGAUAUUCAGACCUUUAGGUCUAUCCAAGGUACUCCAAAGCGAUAUCUUGAUUGAGCUUGAAGCUUUGAAAUUACCUCCCCACUUGGAAAAGGCUUUCAGACCAUUCAAAGAUAUAACAAAAUUAAACCUUCACAGCGUCUUGGGCGCUUUGAACGCUCUGAUUGUCGACCACCCCACACAGCACCACUGGGAAAAGCUAUACGGUCUCCUUAAUUUAUUGGUCGCGUAUGACAAUAAAGUGUACGAAUAUGUUGAUAAAGCACUUGAAGGAUCACCAAACCUGGUCUCGGAAAUGUUGAAAAUGUCAAAAACAUAUCGACCAGUGGAAUUCAAUCCGGCGUGGGCCUCGUCCGGCGUGAAGUGGAAGUCACUUCAGCGUAUUCUUCAAAGGCAGGCUUACAUGGCAGAAUACUCGCAAGUCUUGAGCAUCAAUGACAAAGUGCCAAACAGAAAAGUACGAUUGCUUGAGCUUUUGAAGCAUAUACUUGCAAAGAUUUCCACAAACCAAGGAGAAUUUUCUGAUUCAGAUGUUCAGAACUCAAUAAUGGAGUAUACCCUGUUAUUGAUAUCACUUCGGGAUGAGCGGAGAGGAGUUUUGGAUUUUUACUUUCCCACGGACCGUCCGCUACCUAAGGAAAUAUCCACACAAGCUUUUCAGGACUUGCAAAGAUUCUAUAAGCCAGGGGAGGGUCCAGAAAUCCUGGAAAGAGAUGGAUCACAAAGCUAA